AUGCAGAGCUUAUUAGCACCAAUACGACCUCGUUUCACAUCAUUAAGGUUCCUCACAACCUUCCGAGCAUUCUCUUCUUCUUCUUCUUCUUCUUCUUCUUCAGAUUACUCCAACCAGUCCCGCGGUGGCCUCCCUCGCUUCUUCUCCGAACGCCUCCCUUCUUCCAAGGGAGGCCUAGUUCGUGUACAAGACGAUGAGUUCUGGCACAUGACCAAAGUCUUGAGAUUACGCGCCAACGAUAGGGUAGAGCUGUUUAAUGGGAAAGGAGGCUUGGUGGAAGGUGUCAUACAGACCGUGGACCGGUCCGGGUUAGAUUUUAUGGCAUUGGAAGAUCCAAAGGUGGUUCUCCCACAGAGCACGCAGUGGCAUGUGUUUGCAGCUUUUGGUACUUUAAAGGGCGGUCGAGCUGAUUGGCUUGUUGAGAAAUGCACAGAGCUGGGGGCUGGUAGUGUGACUCCUCUGCUGACGGAGCGGUCUCCUUCUAUCUCAGGAAAUCGGCUGGAUAGGUUGCAGAGAGUCAAUAUGGCAGCUGCUAAACAAUGCCAACGGCUCCAUGAAAUGGUGUUGAAUCCCCCAAUGAAAAUCGAUGGUAUUUUGCCUCUUGUUGCACAGUCCAAGCUAUCUUUUUUGGCGGUUGCAGAAGCUACUUCUCUUGUUACUGCAUUAACUUCAUCAGGAAGGGAGACCAGUGGACUGAUUGUGGUUGGACCAGAAGGCGACUUCACGGAAAAAGAGGUGAAUGAAUUGAUAAAAGCUGGAUGUAUCUCUGUUGGUCUUGGUCCGCAUCGACUCCGUGUGGAAACUGCAACAGUGGCUCUUCUGGCCACUCUGAUGUUAUGGUCUGAUUCUCAAGAAACAUGUGGUUCUUAAACACUUUCUCAUGGCAAGUCUGUUUUUGUUUCUUUGAUCUCUAGAUAGGGUUGAACUUCAUCGAGUUUUGUUGUACCGCUAACUUUAGGUCAAAUGUAGAUGAUUGGUUGUUUCAUAAUGUCUUCUUGUUGAUUGAAGGUUAACUUUAGCAUUAGGAUAGGAGCUUUCUACCCACCUUAGGAAACUGAAUCUUACUAGACACUGGGUCAAAUCGUGUGAAUAUGUUGUAGUUUCUCUUUUUGAGAGAAUGUUGUUGAGAACUAUCAGUAUUUAACAGAAAUGACAUU